AUGUUUCCCAUCUUCUAAAUUUGAUCGGAAAGAUUCCACAAAUACUGACUCAUCUUUCACUUAUGACUGCACACAUAUCACUUCCCAUCAUGAUGACACAGUAGCACAUUAAGGCAUCUUCCCUACUUUCUGUUUGUCAGGAUGAGCUGUGAUUGUUUGAUCUUAACACCUAAGUACCAGAAGGCAUCACGCAUGAAUAGCAUCUUUCCUUUCUGGACAAAUGCUCGGCUUGUCGAUUCGGCCAAUGCGACGGGGCCCGUGUCUAAUGGGUUGAGAGUAACAGGUGGAUCUGGCAGAGUGAUGAAAUUGGCCCACCUGAGGAGAUCCAUCCUCCUCCAAGGCUUACAGUAUAUAAGACCACAAGGCAAGAGAGGGGGGAUAGAUACAGACACCAGGAACAAGCAGAGGAACUAACAGCACCGUUCUUUGAAGGAAGAAAGAAGAAAAGGUUAUAACAAUGAAAAGCAUCUAUUCCCUGGCUGGCAUCCUUCUGGUCCUCGGCUUUGUCCAGAGCAGCUGGCAGGUUCCUCUGCAGGAGGCUGAUGACAGCUCAAGUUUUGAAGCAGACAACACAUUAGCGGACGAGCCGGGGGAGCUGUCAAACAUGAAGAGACAUUCAGAGGGAACAUUCUCAAAUGACUACAGCAAAUACCUGGAGGACAGGAAGGCUCAGGACUUUGUUCGGUGGCUGAUGAACAACAAGAGGAGCGGUGCUGCAGAGAAGCGCCACGCAGAUGGGACCUUCACCAGCGACGUGAGCUCCUACCUCAAGGACCAGGCAAUCAAAGACUUUGUUGCCAGGCUCAAGUCUGGGCAAGUCAGAAGAGAAUCUGAAAUGGACAGGCAGGGUGGGGCGUUCAGCAGGAGGCAUGUAGAUGGAACCUUCACCAGUGAUGUGAACAAGGUCCUGGACUCCAUGGCUGCCAAGGAAUAUUUACUCUGGGUCAUGUCCUCCAAAGCAUCAGGGGAGAGCAAGAAAAGGCAAGUGGACCAAUGA